CCAUCCGGGCGAUGACUCAGACGCCAUGGAGGCGUUCAUCGAUCGACCGAAUAUGAUCGACGCGGCACCAGGGCAAGGGCUUGAAGGUGCCGAAGAGAGCAUGGCAGCCUUCGUGCCAUCCCUCGCUGCUUGACAUCUUGGGGACACCAGCAAUGUUCAAGCCUGCCUGUCCUCAUGCACGCGGUAUGGUAGGUCGGCGUUCUGGCAUCCGUUAGUAGUUGAUGGUGCGCCCUUCUGCUUACUCUGAGCCAUAACGGUGCCCUCGGCAGAAGUAGGUUUUGUCUUGGGCUCUUGAGCCGCUGCUCGAAGGACAAUGCAUGUGGGCGCCACAUGCACAGAUGCAUACGACCACCAUGGCUUUGUUCUUCCCCCUCGCCACUGUGCUAUCGCAUGUUCGUGCUGUUUUAGGCCUCCCGCGAACGUCAUCUGCAACCAAUGGGGCAAAGGUGUACUAUGUCAGCGAUUACGAAGAGAUCCUCACCCAUGAAACCGCUCUGCACCUUCGUAGCGGUGCCGCGACGCCCGGGUUGCUCUUCUUCAUCCCACUCACUGAUAAUCAUUAUGUCUUUUUCGGGGUGACACGCCACACUGUGUACGACCAGCUGGUCAUAGCUCUUUCGCACACCGUGAAGGUUUCACUGAACGAGCCGGAGUUGACCAUAUGCUGGGUUAAUAAUGCAGCAGGCGUGCUGCACAAAGCGAAGAUGCCCACUGCCGCGAGUUUUUGGUCGCUCGCGGGGCGCUGCUUCAGCGAGAACGACAAGGAUGCUCGCCCACAGAGCAACAAGCCCUUCUGGCGCACGUUCUGCAAUGCCUGCGUCGUGCUCCUUCUGUGUUCCACGACUGGCUACCUGUUAUGGGUUGUGGCGGGCUAUUUCCUUUGAAAUCGUCGUAGCAUAUAUGUCCUUGCCUGUACGGAUCUUCAAGUCCAUCUCUUGUAACUGUUCUCUAUCCGAUCACUGAAUGUGCAUAUGAGUUGCGAGCACUGGCAGAGGUAAUAUUAUGAUGACACCACAUCUCGAAAUUGGAGUCAUGCGAGCCGUUGUAAAUCGCAACGAACAUAAAAUGCUAUCAUGAAGAUAUUCACA